AUGAAUAACAGACGUUGCAGCUCUAAGAAGUGUCAAUCAGUGUCUGCUAAAGCCAAUAAGUUAACAAACAAUCACAGCAGACAAAUCAAGGCAAUUCAGCUUUUGCAAUAUCCUGUAAUAUUUGAGAUCCGCAAGAACCAAAUAAUGCUAGGAAACCAAACAAAGCUGUUUGAAUUUAUCUUUCUUGGGUUGUCUGAUGUCCCAAGUGCUGGUCUUCCUCUGUUUAUGUUAUUCCUUCUUAUCUAUUUGAUGACGUUGGUUGGAAACCUUCUGAUUCUCCUAAUGAUCUUUAUUGAUUCACACCUCCAUACUCCCAUGUACAUGUUCCUGAGCAAUCUAGCAGGUCUGGAUGUCUUUUAUUCCACGGUUACAUCUCCUCGAAUGCUCACCGAUUUCUUCUCAGAAACCAAAACAAUCAGCCUCCCUGCCUGUAUCACUCAAUUCUUCUUCUUUUUCUCAUUUAUUUGUAUUGAACUGUACUUGUUGGCUGUUAUGUCCUAUGACAGAUAUGUAGCCAUUUGUCACCCUCUUCAUUAUAUUCAAAUAAUGCAUCCUAAAUUCUGUGUCUUGAUUGUGGUAUCAGCAUGGGUUAUUGGUUUCCUUACCUCAUUAAUACAUACACUUUGUACACUUAGGUUGACUUUCUGUGGACCAAACCUUAUUCAAGGUUUCUUUUGUGACCUCCCUCAGUUAUUUUUGCUUUCUUGUACGAACACUUUCAUUAAUGUCCUGGUAAUGUUUCUGGUUGGUAUAUUGAUGGGUUCAAGUGCUCUUGGGAUAACAUUUGUCCCUUAUAUCCAGAUAUUUCGCACUAUUAAAAAGAUCAAAACCUGGAGAGGGAAACUGAAAGCCUUCUCCACAUGUGCCUCUCACUUGACAGUUGUAUUUGUGUUUUAUGGAACCCUCAUUUUUACUUAUCUCCGCCCCACUCCACGCAAUGCUUUUUCAGAAGAUCGGCUUGUAUCAGUUGUAUACACAAUUGUAACUCCUUUACUUAAUCCAAUCAUCUAUAGCCUGAGAAACAAAGAUCUCAAAGGGGCCUUCCGAAGGACUGCUCACAAAAUUGGCUUCUUGAGAUUAAACACAAGUUAA